AUGAACCAUUGCAGCCACCAAGUUUGGCCUGUAGCACUAUCAAACGCCGACGAGCCAUCGCUGCUUCCCUGCCAAGGUGGCCACACGCCCGUCCUCCAUCCAGGUCAAUCCAUCAACAUCUCUGUCUCACCCUCCUUGUCAGUUGCCACAGGGGGUCGGACCCCUUGCACCAAAUAUUCUGACGAAAGAAAACUCCGCAGUCUCAACGAAGACAGUGGGUCCCACACCGAAGGAGGUGGUUGUGGAAUAAGCUACAACUUGCAGCAGCCGAUCUCAACCACCAUAGCCACGUUCAUGUUGAACGGUACAGAUGGGUUGGACCAUUACGAGGUCAGCUUCAAGAACCGCUAUAACCUACCCAUGCUAGUGGUUCCGGUCCAUGAUGGAAGUGGAAGUGGAAGUGGAGGACAUUGCAGGACUGCUGGGUGCACUGUGAAUUUGACCAGUUUAUGCCUGCCGGAGCUCCGGUUCAGCCAAGAGAGCUUGGGCUGUAAGAGUGCUUGUCAAGCGUUUGGCGAUCCCAAUUUCUGUUGUACUAGUAAUUGUAGUAAUGGAACAGGAUUAACAGAUAGUACUCCUUGUAACCCCAACUUCUAUACAGAGUUUUUCAAGAACGCAUGUCCAGAAGCUAACAGCUUUGUUGAUGACAGAAGCAGCCUGUUUUCCUGUCCUUUUGGCAAAGAUUACAGUAUCCUUUUCUGUCCUUCCCCUUCCACCACCAGUAACAAGGAGCAGCUCAAACUUACAAUUCCUGCAGCCAUCUUGGGGGCUUUGGCGUUCAUAGCAGCGCUGUUGUCUACAUUUUUGUGGUGGUUCGGUGAUGGAAUAUCUAUUUGCAACAAUAAUAGCAAUAACAAUUGUUGUAAUUUUUUCAAUAGAAAUUAG